GACGGAUCCCGAUGAGCGGAAUGAGUUUCUGAAGGAGAUUGAAAGGCUAGCGCAGCAUCACCAAAACCGGGAAGACGCCAUCGAUGCGAUUGAGGCUUUGGACAAGGACCACAAUGACAAAGUCGACAAAGACGAGCUGCGGAAGGCCGCGCUGAUGCCCAGCCAAUUGAAAGCACUGGGGCUCACAGACAGCGACGACAUGAUGGCCAAGCUCGACACCAAUAACGACGGGGAAUUUGACAAAACGGACGUGGUUGCCAUGAAGAACGAGAAGAUCCUGGAUGCUCUGAACCACGAACAGUCAAUGGACGACAUCCACAAGGCACUGGCGCAAGGCCCUAGCACAUCCCCAUUGACGGACCAGCUGGACAUGGACGGGAAUGGGAAGGUGGAUGACAACGAACUCGCGCUUGCUGACAAAGACCACGACCACAUGCUGGACACGAAAGAACUGGAGAAGGCGAGUCGGGUCCAAGAUAACUUGGAUACAAACAUUAUCCCAAGUAAAAACGUCCCCACCCCAAAGUUGUCACGCAAAUCAACAAACCUCAGACGUUCUACUUUUUUCAUGCUAUCUGAGAGUUUGUCAUGCUGGAAUCAGAUUAAUGCGAUCAAUUUGUGAUGCGACUGCGCAGGCUAAACACGACGAUACUGCGAGCAGAAUUGUGUCAUGCGCAACGCCCAAUUCUUGCGGAUUUGCGUAGUAAAAAGCCCCCAUCAUGACUAUGGGGUGGGGACGUUUUUACACAGGAUAAACAAUGAUGGGAUUGUCAACGAAAAAGAUUCAGACCACAUCGCGGAGCAUGUGAGCGCGCAGGAUCUGAGAGCAGCGGACGCUCGCACCGUCAGC